AUGGACGUCGAGUGUUCCGUCGCUCCAGUUAUCACUUCACAUAUUCCGCAUAGAUAUAUUAGAUAUCAGGAUAUUCCAUUCCCGUCCGGGAUUAUAUUAGCAGAUCCAAAGUUUAAUGAGCCGUCUUCCAUUGACAUUUUAGUAGGUGCCGAGAUAUUCUGGGAUGUUCUUGGAGUCAGAAAAAUUGAGUUAGGUCCAAAUCAGCCCACUCUUCGUGAUUCUAAGUUCGGAUGGCUGGUGUGUGGAGCAAUUAUUCAUCCUAAAGUGGACGUGCCACAGACGUGCAUGUUCACGCACGAGCUGCCUUCCGAUUCAGGUGUUGAUAUAUCUAGAUUUUGGGAGUUAGACUCAGUUGCACCUAAGCACAAGUUCACGCCGGAAGAAAACGCUUGUGAGGAACACUUUCAAAAAACUACGACACGUGAUGCUGACGGUAGAUUCAUGGUUUCCAUGCCGUUGAAGGAGUCGCCUGAGGUUCUGGGGGACUCAUAUCAGCGUGCUUUGGCUACAUUUCUGUCAGUAGAGCGUCGUUUAGAACCUAAUCCAACCUUGAAAGACCUCUAUGUAGAUUUUUUAGAUGAAUAUGAAAGUUUGGGUCAUAUGAGUAAAUGCAUGGGUGGUGAGCACGGAGUGUCGUGUUUCCUGCCACACCAUGGAGUGCUUAGGGAUUCCACCACAACCAAAUUGAGGGUAGUAUUCAAUGGUUCAGCCCCCACAACCUCAGGCAAGUCGUUCAACGACAUUCAAAGGGGUAAGCGAGAUUCAGGAACGUACAGCUGGCUGUCAGUGGCGUUAUGUACCGUCGAAGGAGAAUCCAGCAGACUUAGUUUCUCGUGGUCUCAGCGCUGA